AUGUCCAACCCGGAGAAGCGGAUCUUAUCCCGCCCCUCGGCCCCCCUGGCUACGGCACCCGGGGAAAAGCCCGGCUCCGGCAGGCGGCCGCUCCACUCCCAUGGCCAGAGCGGCGGAGGUGGAGGCAGCGGCGGGUCUCCUCCUCCUCCCCCCGCUCCUGGAGGCGGCUCGGCUGCCUGCAGCUCCCUCUCUCUCCACCUAACAACCAGCAGCAGCAGCAGGAGCCGUGCUGCAGGGACAACCUCCUCCGCCGCCUCCGCCAGCAUCGUCCCCAGAGCGGCAGCGGCUCCUUUACUCGCUCCAAUCCCCUCCUUUUCCUCCUCUUCUCCAUCUUCUUUUUACUUCUUGCCGCCGCCUCCUCGUUUCCCCUCCUCGUCUUCCUUUAACCUCACAAGUCUCCAAGGGAGGGAAGGAGGAGGAGAGGCAGCGAGAGCGGCAGGAGGAGGAGGAAGAGAUGUUGGUGGAGCAGCAGCAGCUCACUUGAUCGCCCAUCCAGGCAGCAGCGGCAGGAGGAGACUCUUCUGCUCUUCCUCCAUCCAGGGCUUGCUGCUCCGUUCCGCAGCCGGCGGCCCCCGGCAGCACCACUCCCGGCUCCUCCUCUCCCGAGCCACCUCUCGUCCGUGGUCCUGCAAUUCCCUGGGUGCUGCAGCAGUAGCAGCCCGCGGCGACGGGAUCCGGGGAGGCGACGGCCCCGGCGGGAGCAGGACUCCUAGGCGGCAGCAGCAGCAGCCGAGAGGCGCCUUCUUCUCCUUCUCGUCUCCCCUGCUCCUAGGGCCAGACAUGGAAGAUGGAUCUAAUUCUGCAAGCUGCUUUAGGAGGUUUACGGACUGUUUCUUGAACACAAGUUUAACAGAUGAAAAAGUGAAGGCCUAUCUUUCUCUUCACCCCCAGGUACUGGAUGAGUUUGUGUCAGAAAGCGUGAGUGUGGAAACUGUGGAAAAAUGGCUAAAAAGGAAAAAUAACAGACAGGAAGAUGAAUCGACUCCUAAAGAAGUCAGCAGGUACCAGGAUACAAAUAUGCAAGGUGUGGUGUAUGAAUUGAAUAGCUACAUAGAGCAGCGUCUGGAUACAGGAGGAGAUAACCAACUACUGCUGUAUGAACUGAGCAGCAUCAUUAAAAUAGCUACAAAAGCUGAUGGAUUUGCACUGUAUUUCCUGGGAGAAUGCAAUAAUAGUCUGUGUGUAUUUACACCACCAGGAGCUAAAGAAGGACAACCACGGCUCAUUCCUGCGGGGCCCAUUGCACAUGGCACUACAGUAUCUGCUUAUGUAGCCAGAUCCAGAAAAACGUUGUUAGUAAAAGAUAUUCUGAGGGAUGAGCGAUUUCCCAAAGGUACUGGACUGGAAUCAGGGACUCGUAUCCAAUCUGUUCUGUGUUUGCCAAUUGUCACUGCAAUUGGUGAUCUGAUUGGUAUCCUGGAACUUUACCGUCACUGGGGCAAGGAAGCCUUCCACCUAAGUCACCAAGAGGUAGCAACAGCAAAUCUUGCAUGGGCUUCAGUAGCAAUACAUCAAGUACAAGUGUGCCGGGGCCUUGCCAAGCAGACUGAACUGAAUGACUUCUUGCUUGAUGUAUCAAAAACUUAUUUUGAUAAUAUAGUUGCAAUAGAUUCUCUACUUGAACAUAUAAUGAUAUAUGCAAAGAACCUGGUGAAUGCAGAUAGGUGUGCACUCUUCCAGGUUGACCACAAAAAUAAGGAGCUGUAUUCAGAUCUUUUUGAUAUCGGGGAAGAAAAUGAUGGGAAACCUGUCUUCAAGAAGACCAAAGAAAUAAGAUUUUCUAUAGAAAAAGGAAUAGCUGGUCAAGUGGCGAGAACAGGAGAAGUCCUUAACAUCCCUGAUGCCUAUGCAGAUCCACGCUUUAACAGAGAAGUAGACCUCUACACAGGUUACACAACCAGAAACAUCCUGUGCAUGCCUAUUGUAAGCCGAGGAAGUGUAAUAGGAGUUGUGCAGAUGGUGAACAAAAUAAGUGGAAGUGCCUUCUCUAAAACCGAUGAGAACAACUUUAAAAUGUUUGCAGUCUUUUGUGCUUUAGCCUUACACUGUGCUAAUAUGUACCACAGAAUUCGCCAUUCAGAGUGUAUAUACCGUGUAACGAUGGAGAAGUUAUCCUACCACAGUGUUUGUACAGCAGAAGAGUGGCAAAACCUCAUGCACUGUACACUGCCUCCACAUAUUUAUAAAGAAAUUGAACUAUACCACUUUGAUAUCAGUCCCUACGAGGAUGUCUGGCCUGCCAUUUUUGUCUACAUGGUUCACCAGUCCUGUGGGACAGCCUGCUUUGAACUUGAAAAGCUGUGCCGAUUCACUAUGUCUGUAAAGAAGAAUUAUCGCCGUGUGCCCUACCACAACUGGAAGCAUGCAGUUACUGUUGCACACUGCAUGUAUGCCAUACUUCAGAACAACCAGGGCCUUUUCACUGAUCUCGAGCGAAAAGGUCUUCUAGUUGCAUGCCUGUGUCAUGACCUGGAUCACAGAGGUUACAGCAACAGCUAUCUUCAGAAAUUUGAUCACCCCUUAGCUGCUCUCUAUUCCACGUCAACAAUGGAACAGCACCACUUCUCGCAGACUGUGUCCAUCCUGCAGCUGGAAGGGCACAAUGUCUUCUCCAAUCUGAGCUCCAGUGAAUAUGAGCAAGUACUGGAGAUCAUCCGGAAAGCCAUCAUCGCUACAGACCUUGCCCUGUAUUUUGGAAACAGAAAACAGCUUGAAGAGCUGCAUCAGACAGGAGCAUUAAACCUUAAGAACCAAGCACACAGAGAUAGAGUGAUUGGUCUGAUGAUGACAGCUUGUGAUUUGUGUUCUGUAACGAAAUUGUGGCCAGUUACCAGACUGACGGCCAAUGAUAUAUAUGCGGAGUUCUGGGCUGAGGGUGAUGAAAUGAAGAAAACGGGUAUUCAACCUAUUCCUAUGAUGGACAGAGACAAAAAAGAUGAAGUCCCUCAGGGUCAGAUUGGGUUCUACAAUGCUGUAGCCAUCCCAUGUUACACCACACUUGCACAGAUCUUUCCUCCAACUGGGCCACUACUUCGAGCGUGCAGGGACAAUCUCAACCAAUGGGAGAAAGUAACAAGAGGUGAAGAAGCCUCUAUAUGGAUUCCCUCCCAGUCCCUUGCUUCUGGGACCUCAGAUUCACUUCCUGUGAAGAUCGAUGACUGAACAGCAGCAACAGAUUGCUUUAACCUGAAAAGCAUCCCUUCUUUUUGGGGGGGUUGUUUUUUGUUUUCUUUCAUUUUUAUUUGGGAAAAAAAAAAAAAGGAAAAAGAAAACCUACAAAAUGCUAGCUAAGAAGCAGAUCUGCCUAGGAAGGUAACAUUGAUGGAGUUACCUCAGCUAAAUGACUCUCUAGCAGCCAAUCUCCUGACCUACACCAGUGACACAACAUGAACAGAGGGAAAGUGACAACUCAGAUAUUUUGGAAUCAGCUAUCAAAAGAGAACUUACAACUUGUGAAUAUAAAAGACUGGCCUUAUCUUAUGGGCUACAUUGCUGAGGCCUUAAUUUAAAACUGAUGGGGAGGGGAGAAAUCUUAGGGGGUAAUUCUAAAUCAUAACUUUCUAGUAAGGGUUUCAAUGGUACUUUUAUUAUACCGUACUGUGGCUGGCUUUAACACCAGUGUCACUUGGGAGUUCUUGGCUAUAAAUAGAACAAUAUACCCAUUGCUAUUGUGAAUGUUUAUGUGUGAUCUACUUGUAAUCAGUUUGAACUCCAGCAGAAUCCUUGGAGACUAUAAUUCAUGCUUAGGUUACAGUGAAUUUUCUUGCUGCAAACAAAAGGAAAACCAACUUUCAGGUUAAAGGUUUAAAGUACUUCAUUAAGCAUCGUAAUGCAAAUUGUCUGUCACUCACAAGGCAAAUGUUGAAAGAACUAGGUGAUGGUGCUUUGUUCUUCAGAAUGAUUUAUAAACCUAGACAACUCCUCCCUUAAGAUACUGAAAGUACUGGAUAUUUAUCUCUGAUAUGAGGGAGAGUUUCAGGUUGGCGUUUUUGUAUCCAUAGUGACAAAAGUAUCAGAUUAAAAUUUAAAUGUGACACUAAAGAUUUCCUUACCUAGCUCACAAUUAAGUGAAGUCAUAAUUUUUAUUUCCACCUGCUGAGUUGUAUUUCAAAAGGUACUAGAGACAUACCUGAAAUAUCUGCUGGGAACAAAAGCCUUGUCAGAAAUGUCAGGUUUGAUAAGAGGGAUUGUGUUACCAUCACAGUAAAUCAAAAGUGUUAUUGCAUUGAUUAGCCUUUGUGUUGAACAGUAACACUGCAUGUCUUCUAGGACUCUCUUCCCCCCACCCCAAGGUGAGUGAAAUUAGGAAACUUCUCCCUUUGUCUGUUUGCUUUUUUCCUCUACUUCAGCAAAAUUUCCAAGCUUAGAACUGCCUUUCUCAAUGAAAGAAUAGCUGACUGAAGACAAGUACUCUAAAAUGCUGUGUUUACAGUUCUGUGCUGAUUUAGGCUUCAGCCUUACAAUCUUAUGCACAGGCUUUAAGACCUUAAAUUUAAUGCCACUUUUUAAAAAUUAGUGCAAUUGUACAGAAUAUGCUUCAAAAAACACUUAAUUUGCCUUCAUCAUUCUGUUUAAAAUAAUGAGAAAAAAAAUCUUCAUGUUGAUCUACACAGUAGGUGAAAACACAGUCCUCACAUACAGCCUAUUCUUUUUCACAAGUAAUACUCUUGUAGUGUUUCCAUAAAAAUACGGCCUUCUGUGUAACUGCAACAGAUAAUUGUAGUGACUUAGAACACAGGUUCUUGUUUUCCAUCUCAUGUCUGUUGAGCUGUAUUUCUCUAAUAAGCAUGCCAUCUUCUGGGUUUCGUGUAACUGACUUUGAUUCUCUGAGUUUUGCCUUCUGUUAUGGUCGAGCACAUACCAGUAUCUGUACAUGUGUACAGUAUGUGAUAUGUAAUUGCAUAAUGUAUAAAUGCACCUAAGCCUUUGCAGUACAUAGAUACCCCAGAGGUUGAAAAUUCAACAUAAAGUUAUCUUAUUUGUAUGAUACAGGUUACCUAACAGCAGCCAUGUAGUUAUUUUCAGUUUGCUUUGUGAACUCUAAAUGCAGAAAUUCAUCAUUAACCACAGCAAACUAUUUGAGAAUAAUAAUAAUAAAAAAUAGGACAGGAAACAAUUACACCAAAGUAGAAUGAAUAGUAUCUCACGCUGUGUCCUCUGCUUUACUCCUUAGCAGUUCUGUUUUAACUAAAUCUUGUAGAUGCAACCUUUCAUCCACUAAGUACUUGAGCCACAAGCCACAGUUUCUAAUAUAUACAUUAAAAUUAUCCAAAACUAUGGUGACUACAAAAAUGCUCUCUGAAAUUCAGGUACCCAAACAACUGGAUGGAACAUUUUUCCUUGAUGGUUCAAGUAUAUUUACUGUUAUUCUCCCUCUUUGAAUGCUGAUCUUAAAAGAGUUCCAAAAAUACUCCUUAUCCCUCUAUGUUAUGGAAAGCUUUUAAUUAAUCUUUUACUCACUGACAACAAAUGUAACUUCACUAGUUCUGUUACCUACCAUUGAAAGUUUUUGGCAGUAUCGCGUAAUACUUCAUGUUUUGAAGUUUGUAAGUGAACAAGAAUAGAACGUGUCAAAAAUAGAACGCUUCCCUAAAAAUUUUGCCAAAUUGGCAAUAAGUUGUUCUAUUAAUGUCUUAAGUUAAUCAGGUGUUGUUUCUAACAUAUAACUAUCCACAUCACAUAGAAUAUAUGUUUGCUAUAGAACAAUGUCUAUUAGAGAUAAAAAGUUAGGCUCCAGUAAUUGUGGUUUGGUUUGGUUUCCUGGUGUGUAAAAAGGAGAAAGGUCAUGACAAAAUGUUCCUCUUUGUUAGCACCUAGACCAACAACAAUAGCCACAAUGGGCUGUGUUUUCUAAGCAAAUUUAGUCUGUCUUAACAUUUACAGAGUGCAGAUUCUAGUAACAAGCUUAUACCUGCAUUACCAAAGUGAAAACCACCAAAAAUUAAAACUUUGAAGCUACUUUUGAAUUUCAUGCUUUGAGUACAUGUUGAGAUUUAAUGGUUCAAAAUGGUGGACAUGAAAUCACAAAUAGAGCAGUAAGACAUCUAGAUCUGUUAAGACUCCUGGCUCAUUAAGUUAAACUAUCAAAAGCCAUUCUUUGUUGCUUUUGUGUCCUGCUAAAACCAGUCUUUCCCAAGAUCAAUAAGAAUGUGUAAAAAAACCUAACAGAUCUCUCCUUUCCUAGAAGUGUUAGACUUCAUACUCCCAGAACUGCAUCAUUUUUGUUACUAAUUUCAGUUGCUUUUCCCUUCAAAAGGACUGUUUGAAGCCAUAAUUGAGCAUUUCUAAUAUCUUAUGAAAUGGUGCCUGAAAGGUAUGCACUACGUGAGAAAAAUAGUUGACGUAGCAUGAUACUAAUCUGAGAUUUUGCGUAUUUUAUUACAGCACUGACAGAAACUCCACUGUUACAAUUAAUCUAUGAGUUUUGAACCAUAGUUCAACAUUGUGCUGUAAUGGUUCAACUCAUGGCAGUAUUAUUUAUUUAUUUUAUAAGGGGCCAUUUAGUUAUUACAUUAGAGAAAGGCAAUACGGUGUUUUUUUAGAUGGGGUAUAUGGUUAAACAUUUACAUUGGAAGGGACAUGCAGUGUGGAAUUAAUCUUUUUACAUGGCACAGGUUUCUUUCAUGUGUUUAAACAGAACAGUGUGAUCAGUUUGCUGUGACUGCAUUUAGAGCAUUUAGUGUUAAAAUUGUAGGGAUAGCAAAUAGCACUAUUCAUGUUAAAAGUAGACAUUGUUAGAUGCUCAAAACAAUUAUGACCCUCUUGAAAUAAUGCAUUUGCCUCAAACACUGUGAUAUAGGAACAGUUCUGUGAAGCGGAACAAUUAAUUUGUUCAUUCUGAACACAGAAAAGGCUCUCUGCACACUACUACAAGGAAGUUCACGUUUAAACUUUUUAUAUAUCCCAAUCUAGCAAAGGCACAUCAUAACUCUUAUUUUGCUUUCUGACCAAAAACUGUGCUCGAUUGUAAUACGGGUGUAUACUCUGUCAAAUAACUUAAAAUAACAGACUGCUUUCUAGGGUAGAUCAAACUGAUUUGUUGAGUAGAUUCAUAUAUAUUCAAAAUCCAGGUUGGGCUGUUAUGUGAAGAGGAAAGAACUUCAAGGUAACAACAUUCAACUUUCUGACAUUUAGUGAGCUGAAAAUUUGUUUUAUAUAUAUAUAUAUAUUUACACACAUAUAUAUAUAUAUGAUACAUAUAAACUAUCUUUGUAAAAAAAAUACGCAAGUGCAAUAAUUUAAAGAGGUCUUAACUUUGCAUUUAUAAAUUAUAAAUACUGUACAUGGUGUGUAAUUUU